AAACGCUCGCGUGAAGCAGCGCGUUCCCUGGGGAGCGGAGCCGAGCUCGCGACAGCUGCUGAUCAAUUUUAAGUUUGAAGUGAAGAACAUGGUCGUAUGGUGUUGCUACCUGUGGUAUUUAGACAAGUGUCUAAAAACUGAAAACUGUGUUUAGUGAGAUGUAGAAAGACUUUCAAAGUAAAACUGAAUACAGACCCUCCUCACGCGGCUGCAACCUCAGGACCACCGGCUGUCCAGUGUUUGUGAGGAGGUCCAUUAACCUCCUGUCUGCAGACAAGAUGUCUGAGCAGUAAAUGACACCUUGAAGGAGGCUGCGGUGGAAUCCACUCGACCGGGGACAUGAACAAUGGCCUGGCGAGUGUGGUCAAAACUCUGCUGUGGUCAAAAAUGGCCGCUUCUCCUCUCCCCCCUCUUCUUCCUCCUCCUCACAAUCUCUGUGAUGACACUCACCCUACCCCUCCCUUUGCCACCUGCUGACAUUGGCCGUCAGUCGUCUCGUGCCUUGAGCUCCACUGGGGAGUCCAGAUCCAGGCCCAGGGUCAUGGAGCCCACUCCAGUCAUUGCCUUCCAGCAGCCACUCCCUUACAUCCACAGCGGGGCCUGGAAAAAUAUUACUGAAAGAGACACACUGAAACAUUCAGCACCACCAAAACCUUUUAGGGAUGCAGCUAGUGAUAACAAAUACAGUAUCAAGCGAGAGCAAGACAGAAGUCAUAGAGACAUACACAGAAAUAAACACCAAAGCAAAGGCAUUGCUUCUAAUAGAAAAGAGAUGGCAGGUACCAGUCAGCAUCCAGCCAUUCAUCUCCCACAGUUUACAGUCAAUAGCUCAGGGCCAAAGCAUAGAAUUAAACCAAGCAACCACAGUGCUGAGGUACAGCACACUGCACAGACAUACAUUCAUCUGGAAAGGGGUAAAGCCACAACAGCAAAUAUUCCAGCUGCAGCUCAUACCCUGAUAAGUUACAGACAAGCUGCAGAUAGACGAGCAGGCAGGGGGGAUAGACACACAAAUAGGAAUGCAGACACACAAAUACAUGGCAGCCAUGUAAGUACAAGGCUCGCUGAACAUAACCUGGCUUUGGGAAAACACAGACAUGCAGCAAAGCACUCAGGGAAAUCUGACAAGGUCAGCGAGCAGCAACAGGCUGUGAAAAAGCCCUCCAGAGAGCUCAAAAAACACCAUAAUCUCCCCGAGGAGCCCUCUAAGGCAAAAAGGACUCCUGGGUCGUUGGACCACAGAAAGGCUUUAUCCAAACAUGAAGCCGCUGUUAAGAAAGAUGACAGCAGCUGGUGUCAGAGCUUUUCAGAGCAGCACUUCCCGGUCAAUGACCACAGGAGGAUCAGAAUUCGCACAGAUCUCUGGCCUCUUCCCUGGCUCAGCAGGGAUGACAUCCAGAAGAUGGAACUCCUUGCCGGGGGUGAGGUGGUCAGCAAAGCCAGGGUGCCUGCACAUGGACAGGUGCUCCAAGUGGCUCUGGAUCCUCCUGCACCCCACCAGCAGGCAUCAGAGAUGAGACAUUCACCUCGGCGUGGACCUAGGAAAGGACAUGUAGAAACCCACAGUGAACACUGCCAGCAGGGAUGCUGCUCCUUGGUCAAACGCACAGAUGACUGGCUUGAGGUGUUUGCCUUCCACCUGGACAGAGUGCUGGGACUCAACAGAAGUCUCCCUGCAGUGCUUAGGACUUUCCACAGUAACAUUCUACCAUAUCGGUACAUCAACGGCAGCCCCAGACCUGUUGUGUGGUGGGACCCAGAUAUUCACCACCUCGCUGAUAAAGACAAUGACCAGAACUCUGUACCACUCAGCUGGGUUCAGUACCAGAGACUACUGCAGGUGCGCUGUGGGAGUGAAACGGACCUGAGGUCAGCACCCUGUGUGGGAGUGCACCACUCAGAGUGGGGUCGGCUGGCUCUCUUUGACUUCUUAUUACAGGUGAAUGACCGUCUGGACAGGUACUGCUGUGGUUUCACACCUGAGCCAACAGAAGUCUGUGUAGAGAACCGGCUGCAUGCCAAGUGUGGCAACCCCAAGGACCUGCUGCUGGUUCACAUCCUGUUUGGUGAAGAAAUGAAAACUAUGUCAUGGACUCCACAGACGUCUGAAGGUGUCCUCUGGUAUCUGGCACCAAGAUGUCAGCAGCAGAUCCUUUAAAUCCUGUAAGUUGCAUGGUGGAGCCUUCAUGGAUUGGACUUGUUUGUAGUAGGGUGCAUUGUCCUACUAAGGGAGGCCACUGCCAUGAAGGGGAGUCUGCAGCAGUGUUUAGGUUGGUGGUACGUGUCAAAGUAACAUCCACAUGAAUGGCAGGAAACAAGGUUUCCCAGCAGAGCAUUGCCCAAAGCAUCAUACUACCUCUGCUCGCUUGCCUUGUUCCUAUAGUGCAUACUGGUGCCAUCUCUUCCCCAGGCAAGCAACAUGGGCACUCUGAGUGGUCUGCAGCUAUGCAACCCCAUAUGUAGCAAGUUGCACUGCACUGUGCGUUCUGACUUUCUGAAUUAAAGGUCUUCCAGAACCACUUACCUGCUGAAACCUCACUGUUUAUGGUUAUUUGUGUCACAGGUGACAAUAUUCUUAUCAUCUUAUUCCAUGUUGAUCAUGUCUAAUGUUCAAACCAAGGUGAGUCAGCAUGAACAGUACCAGGACCCUGAAAAGCCAGCCAUCAUUAGGUUUGUUAUUUAUAACCAUGCUUUUCCUACUGUGACAUGCUGUGGGCUAUAAAUCUCUGCAGGCUCAUAACUAGAAGCAAUGGUUUUAGCAUUACACAGUGUCUGAUCCAUGGUUCAUAAAAACAAAACAUUGAUUUGUGCAGCGUUAAUGUACAAAGCUUAAGUACAUCAACAUGACUCAGUCUAAAAUCAAAACUAAACUCCAUAAAAUCUAAGUGGGUCAUUAAACCAUGCAUUGUCAGAAAGUGAUGGCCUAAUAAUAUUUUCAGUCUGCCACAAACACUCAGUUUCACACUAGUAUCGCAGUAGGAAGUGAAGUUUCAGGGUGUUGUCUCCUCCUCUCUCUCUCUACAUACAGUAGUGUGUUAGCAGCAAGCUGGCAGCUAAUGAUGUGACAACAACUGAAUUCAUUCUUUCAUAUGAGUGUCCUCAACAGUUGUCCUCUGCCCCACCACUCUUUUUUAAGAAACGGCUGUAUACUACGACAGAAGUUGUUCUAGCAAUGUACUGUACAUCUACCACAGUGUGGCUAUGGCAGCACAACAUACUGUAAAUGGCACAAUCUUAACUAAACAAGCCACUUUGAUUCAAGGCACACAAAGUUGUUGGUUUUUUUUUGUUAUUUGCCUUAAGGAUACUGUAUGUUACAAUGUGAACUACUGAUAAUGUGUUAAUUUUAGCACAUAAAAUUUGUGUACAUAUAUGGCGAGUGUGAUUUAUUAAUUCAUGCAGACAUUUUUCCUCAAUCACUAAACAAAAUGGCAAUAAACCUUUUUUAAUAUUUAAACCAUUUAAUUCUUCUCCUUAUUCUUCUAUUGAGUUCAGUAAAACUAAAUAAAAAGAUAACAGCAUGUGUAUAUAAAAAAAAUAGUGGUCAUGUGUCACCUCUGUGUGUGUUCAGGUGAGAAAGGCAGAUCCCUCCAGGCUGGUGUUCAUUGACAACGCCGGCAGACCACAACAGUCCACUGGCAACCUCAACUUCA